GCGAGAGAGACGAGCGAGGUUGCUUCCCCUCGUUUAACUGUUUUGUCGCAUUCAAAAGGACACUGAAGGAGAGAGAGAGCUAAUAAAAGAGAUGGACAGCUAGCUCUCGGGUUCUUACCACGGUAAACAAUUGCAAAGAAGGAAAGCAACUCUUUUUUAUUUUAACAGUAGUGAUAUUAAGUAAAGCGAUGACCAGUCAAAUAAAAGCCUCCUCUUUCCUCUUCUUAUAUCACGCAAGCAACCGAGAGAGAAAGAGAGAGAGAGAGAGAGAGAGAGAGAGAGAGAGAGAGAAGAAGAAGAAGAAGAAGAGAAGAGAUGGCUUCAUUCAUCGACAUGUCAAGGGUUCCUUUCAUCCCUGGGAGGUUGCACGCGACGAACAGCCCUUACCAAAGAUACGGUCCAAAGGGUUUCAUGGAAAUCAAGGUCCUUGGCAACGACAGCCUCUACGUCCGCGUCGACUUGCCCGGAGUUCCAGACGACGCUAUCCGCUACAGAGUCGACGCCGUGAGACAAAAGCUCGUCUUUUUCUCCGGUGAAGAAACUCUCCGCGACGGCGUCAAGGCUGAGGACGUUCGUGAGUACUCUGGAUCCGCCGGUCUCGGCUGCGACUGCUGCGAGAUCACCGGGGUUGAUGCCAAGAUGAAAGAUGGAGUCUUGAGGAUGAUUGUGUCAAGGGUCAAGGUGAAGGAUCAUCACAACAAGUGUACCCACUUUGUGCCUCCCAACGCAGGCAAAUCUGGAAGAUACGGUUACCAACGAUCAUCUGAUGAAAGAUACCUAUACGAUGUGAGAUCAUUCAACAUAGAGGAUAUACUGGAGGAUCAUCCCUUUGUGGUGAAAGGUCGCAAGGAUGUACUCGCUCGCCAGCGGCGAACGUCUGACGGAUCUUUCCACUUCUCAGUGGAUAUGCCAGGUGUUUGCAGUGACGACAUGUUCGUGCUUCCCAACGAGAACCAGAUCAAGUUCUACGGUGAGAACAAGGAGGUCUACGAGCACGACGAGAGUUGCCGCAUUUUCCUCGGAGCCGUCGACAAGACAUCAUGUUGUUCCUCCUAUGGGAUUCCUCUUUUGAGCCACGACAUCGCUUGGGAUGCAGAGUUUGGUGUUCUCAACAUCCGUGUUUCACCACCUCCUCCUCCUCGCAACAACAACAACAACAACACUCAGUAAUCAUAUCACUCUCUAUCAUCCACUACGUUUUUAAUGUUUUCUGAGACCUUAAUUAUGGAUUGAACUAUGUUGUGUGUUUUUAUUUGAGACUAUUGUUUUUGUGUUUUUGUGUUUCUUAUGGAACCAGUCAUUUGCAUUGCUU